CUGUGAUUUGCGUAAGAAUGGCAGCCUUCGUCAAGCCACAGCUCUUUGUGUGGGCUUGAGCGCAUUUUGCGUAACAACAUCCAUUUCUAUAUACGUACGUACGCGCUUAGUCACUCGCUCUCUGCAGUUCCGUGCUGGCGCAGCGCGUCCUUCCGUCUGUGCUCGUCCUCAAGCUAACAAACACAAAGUAUAUUAUUCUUUACUGGUUGUGUGACAGUCAACGGAGACUUUCUCAGUGGGACAAAAUAGCACAAUAUAGGGAUUCUCAUCAAUAUGUCGGAAACGGUGAAGUAUGUUGACGAUGAACACAAGACUAUCUUCCUGAAGAUACUAAAUGAGCAGAGGUUGGAGGGAGAGCAUUGUGACAUUGCAGUUGUUGUUGAGGAUGUUAAAUUCAGGGCGCACCGCUGUGUUUUAGCAGCCUGCAGCAAUUACUUUAAAAAGCUGUUCAAGAAGCAUGAGGUAGACAACUCGUCUGUAAUAGAAAUUGACUUUAUCCGGUCGGACAUCUUUGAAGAGGUGCUGAAUUAUAUGUACACAGCAAAGAUAUCUGUGAAAAAGAAAGAUGUUAACUUGAUGAUGUCAUCAGGGCAGAUUCUUGGAAUCCGGUUUUUGGAUAAGCUUUGCUCACAGAAACGCGACUUGACCACAGAGGAAAAGACAGACCAAAGAAAUGCCAAAUUUCCAUAUGACAUUGUCAAAAUUGGAAUGCCCACUGAUGAUUCACACUUGCCAACAGACAGUGACGUGCAGGUGCUAGGUGACCACGACGACUCUCCCUCUGACGACAUAGUCGACGACACCCACGCCAAUCACGACCUCGACAAAUCGCCCAACAGCGCUCUGAGAGUGCAGGAGGCCAUCCUCAAAGAGCUAGCCAACGAGGAGGUCCACAAAGUCAGCUGUUACGACCAGGACGUUGAAGCCAUGGACACUGAACCCAAAGACUUAGCGGGCCACGCUGCCCAGACUCUCGGCUUUGCCGACAGUAUGGGGGAGGUAAAGGACGAGCAAGGCCCCGGCUGGACCACGGCCGCCGCCGACAUGAAAUUCGAGUACCUCCUCUACGGCCACAGGGAGCACCUGGGCUGCCAGGUGUGUGGCAAGACCUUCAUGGACGAAAACCGGCUGAGGAAGCACGAGAAGCUGCACUCUGCCGACCGGCCGUUCAUCUGCGACAUCUGCACCAAGGCCUUCACCACACAGGCCCAUCUGAAGGAGCACCUGAAGAUCCAUACAGGCUUCAAGCCGUACCGCUGUGAGGUGUGCGGCAAGUCCUUCAUCAGGGCACCGGACCUGAAGAAGCACGAGCGCGUGCACAGCAACGAGCGGCCCUUCGGCUGCCAGAUGUGCGAGAAGGCCUUCAAGCACAAGUCGCACCUGAAGGACCACGAGCGGCGGCACCGCGGCGAGAAGCCGUUUGUCUGCAGCUCGUGCACCAAGGCCUUCGCCAAGGCCUCGGACCUCAAGCGGCAUGAGAACAACAUGCACAGCGAGCGCAAGCAACUGGCGCCCAACCCGCUGCAGAGCGAAACGGAACAGCUACAGGCGGCCGCCAUGGCUGCAGAGGCUGAGCAGCAACUGGAGUCCAUUGCAUGCUCAUAGCGCUCGGCGCACCCCCCCAGGCACCCCCAACCCCCUGAUGUCCCCCUAUUCUGGGCACCAGUCGAGUCUAACAAUCAAGCUUUUUCUACGUCUUAUUUUUUUGGAGGGGGGGGGGUGUAGGCAUGUUGUGUCAUGAUGAUUUUGUUUUGACGAAUUAGUUAAUUUUCUCAGAUGUCAUGAAAAUUUCAGAACUAACAAAAAAUUCUUAUACUUUAUUGAUUGUGGUGAUAAUUUUACGACAAGAGUAAAGGUUUAUUGACAUAUGUUUAAUGGUUCAGAUUUUCUUAAAGACUAUGUAUAUUGUGUAAUAUGAGUAGAUUUUUUUUCUUCACUGUACAGGUGAAAAUGAAAAGGUGUUUUGAUGUGUAUAUAUAUGGCAGCCCAAUGGACAUUACUGCUCUGCCUUAUCCCAGUUGUCAAUAAACCUGCUGUUCUACAAUGCCAGUAUAAUGCCAUAAUUGAUAAUGAAAUACAUGAUUUGUAAAGUAAAGUGAAAUGAGAGAUAUGCUGAUGAACAAGGUUUUGAUGGUAAUUAUUCCAUCAGGCUGUACAAACCUCUAAUGAAUUAUGGAAUUAUGUAUAACAGCUCAAGAUAUUUUGCUGUAAUAAAUGUAUUACCUUUUGGUAACCUAUA